UUUAUUGUUUUUAAAAAUUUAAUACCUUAGCCAUGGUGUUAGCGCAUGAUAUUACUGUAGGUGAAAGGACUCAAGAUAUUCAGAUUUCUCAAGAUAUAACAUUUGACACGAUGCUGCUUAAAUCAAAUACUCUUCGAGGUUUAAACAGUGCCGGUUUUCAAAAACCUUCACCCAUUCAAUUGCAUGGUAUUCCUAUGGGAAAAUGUGGUUUUGAUCUUUUAUUAGAAGCAAAAUCUGGCACAGGAAAAACAGCUGUUUUUGCAGUUGUUGCUCUUGAAAAAUUGAGCCUUGAUGUGGGAUUACAGGCUGUAAUAUUAGCACCAACAAGGGAGAUUGCAGCACAAAUAUGUGAUGUUAUAAAGCAAAUAGGAUUAUAUUAUGAAGGAUUAAAUGUUGAAGUUGUUAUGGGUGGCUUACCAGUACAGGAUGAUAUUUGUAAAUUCAAAAACAAAGUGCAUAUUGUUGUAGGAAGUCCAGGACGCCUAUGUCACUUGAUUCAAGAUAAACAUAUAGAUGUAUCUACAGUUAGACUACUUAUCCUGGAUGAAGCUGACAAGUUAAUGGAAAAAUCAUUCCAAACAGAUAUUAACUUCAUAUUUUCCAUUUUACCAAAAGAUAAACAAGUUAUAACGAGUAGUGCUACAUAUAAUGAAUAUGCUAAAGAAUUUAUUACAAAGUAUGUAAAAAAUUCUCAACAUAUAUGCCCUAAUAGUAACUGUGUUCUUUUGGGGGUGGAUCAGAAAAUUACCACAGUGAAAUAUAACAGUAAUAUUGUAAGACAAACUCAAUAUCGUUUUCAAGAAUUGUUGAAAAUAUUGACAACAAAACAAUUUAAGCAAUGCUUACUAUUUUGUAAUUAUCAGGUUAGAGUUGCAGAGUUAUAUAAACUACUAUUACAAAAUAAAUGGCCAGCUGAGCAGUUAUAUGGACAACAAGAACAAACAGAUCGAUUAGAUGCUUUAAAAACACUUCAAGAAUACAAGUGUAGGAUAUUGAUAUGUACUGACUUAGCAGCCCGAGGGAUUGAUGCAUCUAAUGUUGAUUUGGUAAUUAAUUUUGAACCUCCAAUUGAAUGGCAAACAUAUUUACACAGAAUAGGUAGGGCUGGUCGCUUUGGUUCAUAUGGAAUGUCAAUAACUAUAUUAAGUGAAGGCAAAGAAGAAGAAAAAUUUAAGAAAAUGUUAAUAAUAAUGAGAGACACUUUAAAUCUCAGGGAUUUUUGGUCUAACGAUGAAAUUGAUUUCAAUGCAAACUUACAUACAAAGUUAAGGACCCAAUUGGUACAGCCAGAUAUAAAUAAAAAGAGCAGUAAAUAUGAUGAAUUGUGGCAUUUACUUACAGAAAAUAUCAAGGCUUCUGAUGAUAAAUUUGAAAACUUUGAAAAUUUGUGUAAAUCAUAUGAGAAUGAUUAUAAUAAAUUUGAUUCCUUCCAUACCUUAUUGCAAUCUUUUCAAAACAACCAACAUAACAUCAUCACAGAAAACAACAGUUAUCAACACUUAAAAGUCAAAGAUGUCCUUGACGACAAUGUGUUCAUUAUAUUGGAUAAUUCCAAAAAAAUUGUUAUUAAUGAUACUAGGACCAAAACAAUAGAUAUUGACCCGAUAAUUGAAAUGAAAAACAAAUCAUCAAAUGUUGAAAUUUUUGAUAAUGUUAAAGAAAUAGUAAGUUAUGACAAUCAAAUAACCGUAAGUAUGUCUCUAGGACUAGGUACUGACACAAACAAAAGUAAUACACCUAAUGAAAGGAAAGACUCAAUUCUGAGUGUUCGAAAAAUUUAUGGUAAUACUGAAUUAUCUUACUCAACAGAUGGUUUACUUAAUUUGAACCUUCCAACAGAGUUUGGUAGUACGAAAUAUCACAAUAAAGGACUUAGAAACAAAAAAUCUAUUUUAUCUCAAGUUCUGUCCAAUACUUUGAAUUUAAGAUAA